AUCUUUAGAAGUUUCCAUUGGAGCUUGUUUAUGGCCCAUGUCUAUAACUUCUUGAAUAUGUAAUAGAGUUAUCAUAACUUCAUUGAUUUUCUAGUCUGCUAAUUCUGUUUAAUCUGUAUUAGUUCUGGGUCAAUUUUGAUUGAUUUGUUUUCUAUUAAUUAUAGGUAAUUUUUCCUACUCUGGAUAGAGAGUAGGCAUCUUUGAUCGGAUGCCAGACAUAAUGGAUUUUAUCUGUUGAGUGCUAAAUACUCCUAGUAAUCUUGAACUUUGUUGUAGGAUGUAGUUAAGUUACUGGAAAAUAAUUUGAUUCUUUUGGAUCUUGAUUUUAACAUUUGUUUGGCGGGGGGUGCCUGUGUGGCUCAGUCGGCUAAGUGUCCGAUUCUUGAUUGCGGCUCAAGUCAUGAUCUCACAAUUCAUGAGAUCGAGCCCCACGUUGGACUCUGUGAUGACAGUAUGGAGCCUGGGGAUAAUCUCUCUCUCUUUCUCUGUCUCUGUCUCUCUAUCUCGCUCGCUCUCUCUCUCAAAAAUAAAUAAACUUCAAGAAAAAAAAGAUUUAUUUGACUGGACCAGAGACCUGUUCAUUGUAGGGCAGGGUUUUUCAAUAUCAGCACUCAAUAUCAACAUCUUGAAUCAGUUAUUUCUUUGUUGUGAAGGGCUAUGCUGUGCUUUGUAGAAUGUUUAACAGCAUCUGUAGCCUCUGCCCUUUAAGUGACUCCCUACUUGUAACAACCAAAAAUGUCUCCAGAAAUUGCCAAAUGUUGGGGAGGGGGUAGCAAAUUGCCCCCAGCCAAACAACUACUGCUUUAGGAUUAAUUUUGUCUUACUACUAUGCAAGAUCUUCCUAUGCACUUUGCCUAAUGCCCCAUGAAUUGUGAGAUUCUUUUGUUUUUUUUCAGUCUGUUUGGGGUAGGCAUUUGUAUUGGUCUUGUGUGUGUACUGAGUGUUGUUCCCUCUAAUCUUUCUGGGUGGUGCUUUUUUCAGUCCUGUUUUGUUUCCUCGUGUGUAUGUGAUGAUCAGCAUUUUAGCUGCAUAUUCAAAGGACAAUCUCUGCAGAUCUCUGGGGUUCUGUCUUAGUCUUUUCAGGCUACUAUAACAAAAAUACUGUAGACUGGGUGGCUUAAACAAAGCACACUUAUUUCUCAGUUCUGGAGACUGAGGAGUCCAAGAUCAAAGCCCAGCAGGUUUGGUAUCUGGUGAGAGCCUGACUCUUGCUUCAUAGUCAGUCAUCUUCUAGUUAUGUCUUUAGGUGGUGGAAGGGGUGAUAAAAUUCUCUGGAGUAUCUCUUAAAAGGCAACUAAUCCCAUUUAUGAGGGCUCUGCCCUCAUGACUAGUCACCUCCUAAUUGGGGGGUUAGGAUUUCAAUAUAUGAAUUUUGGAGAGACAAAGCAUUCAGUCUAUAACAAGUUCUCUGUCUGUGCAUCUUUCUCUUCUCCAGUAAUCUAUUUCAUGAACACUAGCCACCUGGAUCUCCCCAGACCCUCAGCUCUAACUCCUCAACUCAGCAAGUCCGCCAGCCCUCACCCAUUUUGUGUCCUGUAUCACACAUGACUUGGAACCUCUCAGGACAGCAGUGGAAAAGGAAAUGGCUGUUCCUAAUCACCUCUGCAUUCGCCGCUGGACUACCAAGCAUGUAGCUGUUUGGCUGAAGGAUGAAGGCUUUUUUGAAUAUGUGGACAUUUUAUGUAAUAAGCACCGACUUGAUGGAAUCACAUUGCUAACAUUGACUGAAUAUGAUCUCCGGUCUCCUCCUCUGGAAAUCAAAAUCUUAGGGGACAUUAAAAGGUUAAUGCUCUCAGUCCGAAAAUUGCAGAAAAUACAUAUUGAUGUUUUAGAAGAAAUGGGAUACAACAGUGACAGUCCCAUGGGUUCCAUGACACCUUUCAUCAGUGCUCUUCACAGCGCAGAGUGGCUCUGUAAUGGAGAGCCUUCACAUGACUGUGAUGGACCGAUCACUGAUUUGAAUUCUGAUCAGUACCAGUACAUGAAUGGUAAAAACAAACAUUCUAUUCGAAGAUUGGACCCAGAGUAUUGGAAGACCAUAUUGAGUUGUAUAUAUGUUUUUAUAGUAUUUGGGUUUACAUCUUUCAUUAUGGUUAUAGUCCACGAGCGAGUGCCUGAUAUGCAGACCUAUCCACCACUCCCAGAUAUAUUCUUAGACAGUGUUCCUAGAAUCCCAUGGGCCUUUGCCAUGACAGAAGUAUGUGGCAUGAUUUUGUGCUAUAUUUGGCUCCUGGUUCUUCUUCUCCACAAACACAGGUCAAUACUUCUUCGAAGGCUCUGUAGUCUGAUGGGUACUGUGUUCUUGCUUCGCUGCUUUACCAUGUUUGUGACCUCCCUCUCCGUGCCAGGACAGCACCUGCAGUGUACUGGAAAGGUAUAUGGCAGUGUAUGGGAGAAACUGCGCCGGGCCUUUGCCAUUUGGAGUGGCUUUGGUAUGACCCUAACUGGUGUUCACACUUGCGGAGAUUACAUGUUCAGUGGCCACACAGUCGUCCUAACUAUGCUGAAUUUCUUUGUCACUGAAUAUACACCAAGAAGCUGGAAUUUCUUGCACACUUUAUCCUGGGUUCUCAACCUCUUUGGAAUCUUCUUCAUUUUGGCUGCCCAUGAACAUUAUUCCAUUGAUGUGUUUAUUGCCUUUUAUAUCACGACAAGACUCUUUUUGUACUACCAUACUCUAGCCAAUACCAGAGCAUAUCAGCAGAGUAGGAGAGCAAGAAUUUGGUUUCCCAUGUUUUCUUUUUUUGAAUGCAAUGUUAAUGGUACAGUACCUAAUGAAUAUUGUUGGCCAUUUUCAAAACCAGCAAUAAUGAAAAGAUUAAUUGGAUAAAGACUACCUUUGUAAUGGGUUCUUGAUUAAAUAUAUAGUAGUUGUCGAAAGUGAGUAACUUUGCUUUCUCCCCCUAGGUUGUUCCUGGAUGCCUUGCUUUUGGGCUUAUAUGUUGACAAAGUAAAGUUCAUAUUCUGAGCAAGGCUAUGAUUAUAGAAAUCAAGAAAGGACAAUCAAGAGUCCUUACAUAUCUGUUUGAAUAGAAAGCUUAAGUUUAAGUAGAUGUUUCCUGACCCUUCUUUUUCAACAAACUUAAUGUUGUGAUUGAAGUCAGAUUGUUACCGUUACCUGUUGAGUACUGGCUUGUUGAACUUAAGCAAUUUGCUGGUUGAAAGUGGUUUUGUUUGGUUUUUUUUUGUUUGUAAUUUCAUUAGGACUCUAGUCAAGAAAUAAUUUUUUUUAAGCUCCUUAAUAUCUUCAAGGGAAAAACCCCUACCAAGUGAGCAGUAUUUGUUCUUUGAACUGAUCUCUGUAUUCGUGAAAAUUGCAACUCUAGAAAGUAAUCUGUAUUACUAACAAAUAAUUUUUGCCUCCUGAACCAUCUUUAAGAAAAGUAUACUGAACAUACCAGGAUGCCUGAAACAAGAAGAAAAUGAAAGGGGCUAUCCACGAGGUAACUGAGUACAAAUAUGGUACUGGCAUUUUUCACCAAAGAUAAAACACAAGAUGCAGUUCCUAUUUUGUUCUGAGGACUCAGUAUGACCAUCAGUCAGUAUUUUUGAGGGAAAAGUGGCUGCAUCCAUAAAAAUCAAAUUGGCUUAAUUUUAGUGAGGUAGGUACCUGGAACAACUUUGUGCUGUAGUUGUUAGUUAGACUUAUGACAACCCAAUUUUAUGCUAUUUAAUGAUGUUAUUUAAUGAGUAAAAUAGUGGAGUGUUUUACCAAAUGUUAGAUAAAGUUCUGAUGUCUUUAAGUAGGGAGGUUUGCAUGCAAAGAAUAUUUUUUCUAUUUCUGAAAAGAAAUGAUAACAGAUUGCAGGCAUUAUACAAUUAUUUGGUUUAAUAUUUGUCAUUCUUGGCCAUCAGAAGUAAACAGUCUCAAAUAUAUUUGGAUAUAAAAAGGUUUUGUUGUUUUUCAUUUUUAAAUACAAUUGUGUACAUACAUUCUUUCUAUUUUGUCUUAAUUUGGCAGUCAGGAAGUGAUAUAACUUAGUUACUGUUUACACUAGAAAUUUAGUACCGUAAGUAAUCUGAGCCCUGUGAUAACAUUUGUCACUUUGCUUUUAAUGAUUUUAAUAGUUAUGACAGUAGAAUGGUUAUGGAAUUGGAAUUUGAGCCCCAACUGAUUGAGCUUAGCCACUUGGAAAAUUAAGUGUGUAGUUUUUACAUUCCAUUUUAAAACAAGGAGUUAGAAAAAGUGCUGACAUAUUGAGGUCUAAAAUUAGGCCACUUAGCUGAAAUCUGCUUGUCAUGUGGGUGAAAUAUUUUAUUUUUGCAUUUUGAGUCCUAUUCCCACCCCUGUAUAAGGUACAGAGGAGCUUGAAGGGAGUGAGCAGGAAAGGAAUAUUACGCAAACAAGUUUCAGCCAGUGCUGAAUUACCCCAAUUUGAGUCUACUCUGAACAUUAUAUCUUAUUUCUCACCUGAGAAAUGACACAAGGCAAUUCAAAUUUUAUUAUGAUUUUAAAACUCACACUUUAGAAUCUUAUAUCUUAAAUUGUUGAUUGUUUUACAUGCUAGGGACAAAAAUGCCAACAUUUCAUGUAAGGAAACUGCAUAAUCAUGAAAGGUGAAGGAUGUUUCCUAUGACUCUUGAGGUCAAAUUAUGUGUAACUAGCAUUCUUUCCAAGUGACAGAGCAAGACUGUAUUUUAACUAGGGAGGGACUUAAUGUUAGCUUUUGGAAAAAUGUUUGAAGAAAAUCUGUGGCAACAUUAAUUCAAGAAUGUUAGAUAGCUACUUAAUGAUAAAUUUCCUAACAUCAGUCUUCUUUCCUUUAUAUGGAUUCUAUUCUAGAACAAAAUAGAAGAAAAAAAAAAAAUUGUAACUAACUUUGCAGAGUGCCUAACAGCAGACUGCAAUGAGGAUUGUAAAAUAAGUUUUCAGCUUUGCAUUUAUCAUAUCUGAUUUGAGGAAAAGGUAAGCUAGAUUUAUAAUUUAUAACUAAUACAAGGCAGUGUUUACAUAAAUUCAUCAUCUCCAAGUCUCUUUCUUGGAAAACUUGGACACAAAAUUCUUUUCCAUUUCUUUUUUUAAUAUGAAACCUAUAUUACAGUUGUGUUUUUUGUUUUGUUUUGUCCAGAAACUCUCCAGAUUUUGUCUUUGUAUUUUUUUUUCUUGUU